GGCAGAACUGCGGCGAUUCUUUUCCUUCGUUGCUUCACCGAAAUGUCCACACACAAGAAGAAGACGAGGAAGCUGCGUGGACACGUGAGCCAUGGCCACGGCCGCGUCGGCAAGCAUAGGAAGCAUCCUGGUGGUCGCGGUAAUGCUGGUGGUAUGCACCAUCAUCGAAUCAAUUUCGACAAAUACCAUCCCGGUUACUUCGGAAAGCUCGGUAUGAGGAAUUAUCACUUACGACGCAACACCAAAUGGUGUCCUACUAUAAAUCUAGACAAAUUGUGGACCCUGGUCUCCGAACAGACAAGAUUGAAGUACAAAGAUGUGGAAGGCAAAGCUCCCGUAAUCGAUCUCGUGAAAGCGGGAUAUUACAAACUCCUGGGAAAAGGACGCCUUCCAAAGCAGCCUGUCAUCGUUAAGGCUAAAUUCUUCAGUAAACAAGCGGAGGACAAGAUCAAGGCAGUUGGUGGUGCAUGUGUUUUGUGCGCAUAAUCAUCGAAAUAUCAAUUUCCAUAAACGUAUGCUCUGUAAGUACUCAAGCUUCACUAAAACGUGUGGAAUUAAAGAUCAAUUACAAGAGUAAAUUGUGGAGGAUGUAUUUCGAUGAAAUGAUAAAUAAACACAUUUUUUUAAACACA